UUUGGUUAACGCACGAUUGCGGAGAUGCCCGGGCUCCUCAAUCUCUUCUCCAAAACCCUAAUUUUCCCUACAAAACCCUAAUCCCCACUCCCCUGCUUCGUUUUCUUUGUUUCUUUUGUCGCAAUUUGUUUCGCCAUGGCUUCGGGAAAGAGGGAGAACGAAGUCCAAGGGCCCGGAAUGGGGGAUCAGAUCGAACAGGUGGAUGCUACGGUUCUUCAAUAUCAGAAUCAAAAGCUUAUUCAACAGCUAGAGGCGCAGAAGGCAGAAAUGCAUGCACUGGAAGGGAAGUUUAAAGACUUGAGAGACAAGCAGAUUUCUUACGACAACACUUUGAUUGCAGUGAACAAAAUGUGGAAUCAGCUAGUCGAUGACCUAGUCCUUUUCGGGGUACGCGCUGGAGGCGAAUUACGCUGUUUACAAGCAUUGGAACAUGAAGAUUUCUCAAUUGAUGAUGCUCUUGCUUCUUGUCCUCCGGAAGAGAUAUUUCUUUGUAGGCUCCUAAGAUCAGGCUAUGUUGAUAAGAAUAGAGGAAGUAUUUCUGUAAAAGCUGUACAAGAAGCCCUUUCUUUGCGCCAUUCAGCAAUUGUGGAUCUAAUGAAGCACCUCCAGGAGGCUAUUGCUGCUCGACUAGCUAGAAACGAGCUUUUGGCUUCUGCUUUACAUGGAAACCUAUCUUCGGAAGAUGCUAUUGUGCAACUCAGAAACCAUAAUGGCUACUUGAGGGAGGUCAUCAGUAAUAUGCGUGAGGCCAUUGACGUUGUCCAUCUGAAGCAUAAUAGGUUUACAGAUGAAAUCAGCUGUUAUAUUGACAACCAUUCAAGAGAACAAUCCGAAAUAAAGCAUCUUUCAGGUGACUUGGAAGAAAGCAUGGCCGAGCUUGAGGAAAGUCGAAGAAAGUUGGUUAUCCUGCAAAUGCAAAAGCAUGGGCCAUCUUUUAUAAAUGCUUCAAUUGGAAUUGCUGUCAACGGAAGCAUUUCUCUGGAUAAACCUGCAGAUAAGACCAUGAGUUGGCGAGAGUUGAAAGACUCAGUUGAUGAGGCUAAGACACUCGCAGCUAGCCGCCUUUUUGAACUUCAUGAGGCUCAAGAGGACAACUUGAUCCUAUCUAAGCAAUUGGAAGAACUUCAAAGCCAGUUGAAGGAUGACAAGUAUGUAAUCUUAUCAAAACCCUACUCCCUUCUAGAUGACCAACUCCACCACCUUACUGCAGAACUCGAAAGAUACAAAGGAUUAACAGAGUUUUUGCAGGCUGACAGGAAUAACAUACUCCAGAGGGAGAAGGAACUAAGCACAAAAGCAGAGUCUGCGGACAGUCUUAAGAUAUCUAAUAGCAAUUAUGAGUCCAAGAUUGAAGAGCUGGAGCUUAAAAUUCAGAAAUUUAUCAAUGAAAGAAACAAUCUCGAGAUCAAGCUGGAGGAAACUUUGCAGGAUACAGGGAGAAAGGAUUUUAAAGAUGAGAUUCAUGUGAUGGCAUCUGCACUAUCUAAAGAGAUGGAGAUGAUGGAAGCCCAAUUUAAUAGGUAUAAGGAUGCAGCUUGUGAAGCGCUUUCAUUACGUGAAGAAGCCAAUUCUUUGAGAGUUUUAUUAGAGAAGAAGACUCUUGAACACAAAACUCUGUCAGAUAAAUGUGCAGAGGAACUCGUCGAGAUCAAGUCCCUUAAAGCUUUGCUGGAGAAAUUGGAAAAUGAAAAGCAGGAGCUGCAAACUUAUCUAGAAAUGUACGGACAAGAGUGUUUUGACACAAGAACGAUAAUGGAAAUCAAAGAAUCAGAGAACAGAGCUCGGAUGCAGGCUGAAUACCUGAGAACUGUCUUAGAUGAACAUAAUCUUGAGUUACGGGUGAAAGCAGCAAAUGAAGCUGAGGCUGCCUGCCAGCAAAGGCUUUCGGCUGCUGAAGCUGAAAUCGCAGAUUUAAGGGCAAAGUUAGAUUCUUCGGAAAGAGAAGUUUUGGAGCUUCAAGAGGCCAUAAGAAUUAAAGAUGCGGAAGGAGAGGCUUAUAUUGCUGAAAUUGAGACAAUUGGUCAAGCAUAUGAAGAUAUGCAGGCUCAGAAUCAGCAUCUUCUCCAACAGGUUGCUGAUAGAGAUGAUUACAAUAUCAAGCUAGUAUCGGACAGUGUGAAGAUGAAGCAGACUCAUGGUAUUCUUCUUUUUGAAAAGCAAGCCUUGCUGAAGCAACUCCAGCAAGUUAAUGCCUCGUUAGAAAUUUCCAAGAUGAAAGUUGCUCGUGGUGAAGAACAGAUGAAAACGCAUGUCACCCAAGCUGUUAAAGCUUCUUUGGAGAGCAGGCAUGUUGUUAUUAAUUUAGACAGAGCUAAGAUUGAGUUAGUUGAUGCGGAGAAAGAACUCAAUUGGCUCAGAUCAGCCGCUGACUCUUCUCAAAAGGAAUAUGAGCAAAACCAGAAAAAGAUUGCCGAAUUGAAGAUGGAACUAGAGCGCGAAAGGAAUGAGAGAGAAAAGCUUGAGGAAGAGUACGAGGAAGUGAAAAGUGAAGUCAUGGAAAUGAGUUCUGAGAAUGAAGAGGCUACUAUCCAGAAGCUACAGGAUGAGAUUAAGGAGUGCAAGGCUAUUCUCAAAUGUGGUGUAUGCUUUGACCGGCCAAAGGAGGUGGUUAUUACCAAAUGCUUCCACCUAUUCUGCUAUCCGUGCAUACAGCGGAACCUCGAGAUCCGCCACCGCAAGUGCCCCGGAUGCGGCACGCCGUUUGGUCAGAGCGACGUCCGCGAGGUUAAGAUAUAGCUUAUUUAGAAGAUUUGUUUAUUUAUUUUCUUGUUUAUCACUCCCGUGCCCGCCCACCUCAGCAGGCCUUUAUGUGUUGUUAUUUUCUGUAGAACUUAGAUUUCAGUAUUUUAUAUUGUUUAUAUUGUAGCUUGUUUCUGUUUCUCUCUCUCUCUCUCUCUCUCUCUCUCUCUAAACGAGGUAAGGGAACAACGUGUAGAAUUUGUGUUCCUUUUUUCAUGAAAAUGAAAGUAGGUUAGUCAAUAGAAUGUGACAUAUCUCCUCUGGAGAGUAUAUUUAUGUGAUUUUAUGUACUCCUUUCAUUGUUCUAUCA